UUUGAUUUGCUUUAUCCAUGAAGCCUCCAGGCUGAUAUUUUCCUUUUCUUCUAGGAAGGGGUGAGACUGAGCUGAGUCGUCUUUGCUGUUUUGGGGACGAAAAACAAAGAACCAAAUCCCAGAUCCUUCCAACAUUUGCAAGACAAUCCAGACUGGAGGUUUUUGCUGUGCACCAUCCACCUUUACUUCGGACUCUGAUGAUAAUUGAUUAACAGGAUGCAUUGCAAAGUCAUCCGGGACUUCUCUUAAAGGCAGAUAAGACCCCACUCUGAUGGUGUGGACAGUGCAGAAACAUGUGGGCAAGAGUUUCCAAUGCACCCUGCUUGCAUGAAGAAUGUCUUUCGAGAUGAUGAACAGGAGAAGAGGACUUGCCCAGCAACAUCUGGGGUAACCUGGGCAGGAACUCAAAAUCAAGCAAGAAAACAGAGAAUUGAAAAUCGGAAUGGACAGGCAUGGACUUCCCAUGAAAGGACUGACGAAGGGGAGAAACCAUAUAAAUGCAUGUCACCUCAGUAGACAUAAAAGAAUACACACAGCGGACAACCUGUAUUCAUAUAUGGAACUUGGAAAGAGCUUUAAUCAGAACAAGAGCCUCCAUAUACACAAAAGAACUCACAAUGGAGAGAAACCACAUAAAUGCAUGGACUGUGGAAAGAGCUUCAUUCACAGUGGUAACCUUAGAUCACAUGAAAGAAUUCACACUGGGGAGAAACCAUAUAAAUGCAUGGAAUGUGGAAAGAGCUUUAGUCGCAGUGGUGUACUUAGCUUACAUCAAAGAACUCACACUGGGGAGAAACCACAUAAAUGCAUGGAAUGUGGAAAGAGCUUCAUUCACAGUGGUAACCUUAGAUCACAUGAAAGAAUUCACACUGGGGAGAAACCAUAUAAAUGCAUGGAAUGUGGAAAGAGCUUUAGUCGCAGUGGUGUACUUAGCUUACAUCAAAGAACUCACACUGGGGAGAAACCACAUAAAUGCAUGGAAUGUGGAAAGAGCUUCAUUCACAGUGGUAACCUUAGAUCACAUGAAAGAAUUCACACUGGGGAGAAACCAUAUAAAUGCAUGGAAUGUGGAAAGAGCUUUAGUCGCAGUGGUGUACUUAGCUUACAUCAAAGAACUCACACUGGGGAGAAACCACAUAAAUGCAUGGAAUGUGGAAAGAGCUUCAUUCACAGUGGUAACCUUAGAUCACAUGAAAGAAUUCACACUGGGGAGAAACCAUAUAAAUGCAUGGAAUGUGGAAAGAGCUUUAGUCGCAGUGGUGUACUUAGCUUACAUCAAAGAACUCACACUGGGGAGAAACCACAUAAAUGCAUGGAAUGUGGAAAGAGCUUCAUUCACAGUGGUAACCUUAGAUCACAUGAAAGAAUUCACACUGGGGAGAAACCAUAUAAAUGCAUGGAAUGUGGAAAGAGCUUUAGUCGCAGUGGUGUACUUAGCUUACAUCAAAGAACUCACACUGGGGAGAAACCACAUAAAUGCAUGGAAUGUGGAAAGAGCUUCAUUCACAGUGGUAACCUUAGAUCACAUGAAAGAAUUCACACUGGGGAGAAACCAUAUAAAUGCAUGGAAUGUGGAAAGAGCUUUAGUCGCAGUGGUGUACUUAGCUUACAUCAAAGAACUCACACUGGGGAGAAACCACAUAAAUGCAUGGAAUGUGGAAAGAGCUUCAUUCACAGUGGUAACCUUAGAUCACAUGAAAGAAUUCACACUGGGGAGAAACCAUAUAAAUGCAUGGAAUGUGGAAAGAGCUUUAGUCGCAGUGGUGUACUUAGCUUACAUCAAAGAACUCACACUGGGGAGAAACCACAUAAAUGCAUGGAAUGUGGAAAGAGCUUCAUUCACAGUGGUAACCUUAGAUCACAUGAAAGAAUUCACACUGGGGAGAAACCAUAUAAAUGCAUGGAAUGUGGAAAGAGCUUUAGUCGCAGUGGUGUACUUAGCUUACAUCAAAGAACUCACACUGGGGAGAAACCACAUAAAUGCAUGGAAUGUGGAAAGAGCUUUAGUCACAGUGGUGACCUUAGAAAACAUGAAAGAACACACAGUGGGGAAAAACCUUAUAAAUGCAUGGAAUGUGGAAAAAGUUUCAGUUGCAGUGGUAACCUUGGGUCACAUCAAAGAAUUCACACUGGGGAGAAACCGUAUAAAUGUAUAGAAUGUGGAAAGACCUUUAGUCGCAGUGGAAACCUUAGAAAUCAUGAAAGAACACACACGGGAGAAAACACAGAAGGAGCCCAUUCAGUUUCGUGCUGUUUUCCCCUGAAAAGAAGAAACAACCAAUGCUGACAUAAUGCAAAACAGAGAGAAAAGAGAAAAAAUGAAGUCCAUUUUGAAGCACCACUUGUAAUGUAUUUUCUAUUGUUAAUUAAAAGAGAGAUACCAUGAAACAGAUGUGGAAUGUUGUAAAGAUCUUCUAAGGCUAACUGAUGAGAUAAAAGCAAGUCAUGAAGAGAGAAAUGCUGUCAUUUGUUUUAUAAGGCUUUACUCAAAUAAUAGGAAUUGAGUUUUAAAAAGAGUACCAAUGAAUAUAUAUUAUGUGUCAUUUAUGAAGAACUAGCCAUUUCUAUGCUAUUGUAU